AUGAGCUACUAUGGCAGCUACUACAGAGGCCUGGUCUCUGGCUACAGUGGCUUUGGGAACCUGGGUUAUGGCUAUGGCUGUGGCUGUGGCUUUGGAGGUUAUGGAUAUGAAUCUGGCUAUGGCAGAUAUGGAUAUGGCUACCGCCGCCCAUUUUAUUAUGGAAGAUAUGGAUUCUCCCGCUUCUACUGA